AUGGAAGAUUUCGAGGACAGAGGGGAUGAAGUUAAUAGAAAUGUUAAAGAAUGUGAAUUAGGUGUUAAAAUAGAAAAUAAAGGACCUCACUCAGAGGGAACAGGAUUUUUUGAUAGCUUCACCUUGUAUAGUAACCCUGAAACUAAGAAUAAUGAUAGCGUUUGUAGUGGUGUUAUUGGAAAUUAUCCUUAUGAUUUAUAUUAUGAACUAUUUCAACCACCCCACAAGCUUAUAAAAUGUUGGGAAAUAGAAAAUUUCCUCUCUGGUUGCAAUGGUCCAGCUGUUAAUGAAAUAAAUCUAGGUUUUUACAUAUAUAAGGUUAAGCUAAUGGAUCAUCAAUUGAAGUAUUGGGUUGAAUAUUUAUUUUCAAAAAGCAACACAGUAAAAAUUAUAAAUAAGUUCCAAAAAAGUGAAGAGUGUUGGAAUUACUUGCAUUUAAUAUAUAAUAAAUUUCAAGCAAUCGUUUCAGAUCCAAAUAGUAACUAUAUUAAACACUUUCCUAAAGUUUCUACCAAAAAUUACUAUAAUUUACAUCAAAUCCAAUAUAAAAGUAAGAUAAGCUUUAAACCAUACGAACGUAUAAAUCAAUUUCAAAAAGCUUGUUUCAUCCAUGGAAACUCUGUUUUUGAACAGGAAAUUGGAUUAAAUAGUGUCAUGGGCCAUUUGAGUUCAAUGAAACAAUGUUAUAAUAGCAUCGUGGAAAAAGCCUCAAAUUUAAACGUCUGCAAUUUCGAAAUCGUCUGGAAGAAUUUUCUUUCACAAGUAAUAGAAAUGUACUGCACAAAUGGAAAUCUAGGUGUCUUGGUAUUUUUAUCAUCAAAAACAAAAUGUCAUAAUGGAGUUAUUGAAUUAGAAUUAGCAGACCAUACUGUUAUGGAGUUGGAUUAUUUAGUUUCUUCUAUUUCUGCAAUAGUUAAAGGUAAAGUUUACUUUAUUAUUGAAGUUGGUGCUGGUAUUAAGGGCAAUGGUGAAUACUGUAUUAAGAAGCCAAAAAAUGUAGAGUUUGUUUUUUCCUUUAAUUGUGGCACCAAUACAUUCAAGGGCAAUCAGAGACAUUUCUCGAAGCUUUUAGAACUUGUAGGAGAAGAGAUUCUGACAAUGGAUGAGUUAGAAAAAAAGAUAGGUACUUGUCUUCAUAAGAGCGAGGAGGACGAUUUUGUAAUUUUGUAA